CUUGACUGCCGCAAAAUGUGCAAAGAAGCUACAUCCGCCAACAUUCCUGAGCCGUCGCCUUCCUCUCAGCCGGUGGUUCCCCAUCGACUGGAGCUACUGGACCGUAGCCGGAGCUCGGUGCUUCUUCCCGGGGGCUUGCCAUGACUGCGGCCGCUGACAGUCGUCUCUUCACUCGGCUAAACUAAGUUGACGCUAUGGCGACUUCGUGGAGAGAUGCUUAUUAUGAAAUGGAUCAUCUGCCUCCGCUACUGGAAGAUGAGGAGAACGUGUCUCUUGCAGACAUUCUGUCUUUGCGGGACAGCUGUCUGUCGGAGGAGGACGUGUGGGCUGUGUGUGCAGAGUGUGUUCUGGCCCUGCAGAGUAUUCGACCCUCCCACCUUUUCCACACGCUGUGUAUCACACCAGACACACUGGCCUUCAAUGCCCAUGGGAAUGUUUGUUUUAUGGAGCAGCUCAGCGAUGAUCCAGAAGGGUUAUUUGUGCCUCCAGAGUUUGACAACACUGGCAGUACAUAUGAGGGUCAUGUUUUUUCCCUAGGCUGUACUCUCUCUGCUGCAGUGAACUUUGUCAUUGAACCUGAACUGGAAUCACAGCUGGAAGAAGAAACUCAAAAACUGCUGGAAAAAAUGCAACAGAAGAAGCCGGAGGAUCGACCGCUCAUUCAGGAUAUCCUCUCUGUGGCUCAAGCACGGCUAAACCGCUGCUCAUCUGCUGCUGUGUGCCGCAAAUUGUCUUCGGUUGGGCGGCGUGUGCUCUCUAUUGAAUCUGUAUCAAAUUGUCAAGAUGGACAGGACAGCUCCUGGGAGGCAAGAUGGCAGCAUCCCAAAGCCAAAAGACUGAGUUCAGAUGAUAUAAGCAAGGAAUGUUCUGUGGUCACGUCUAUAAAGGCAAAUGGUUUGUCCAGACAACAGGUGUGCGUGGGCUGGGACUCCUCUCUCUGGGAUGAGGAUGCCGACAGUGCAGACAGAAGCUGCGCUGGUUUGGCAGAGGAGCUGGAUUGCCGGUCUCACAAUAGCUCCCCAGUGAGGAGGAGAGCCCAGCAAAGGUUCAACAGGAUGAGGGGGGCCCUCAAUCGCUCCUGCUCUGUCCCCGACUCUAACAACCCUCCUUGCGCCACUCCUCCACCUCAUGCAAAUAUCAAUGUACCUGUAUCAGACCUCACUGAGAUCGGAGCGGAUGAACAGUUGUGUUCCAAAUCUAUAUGGAGCAACAGACCCAAAAAAAUAACCAGAGGAAGGUCCUGUGAGUCGUAUCCACGUAGUAGCGCCGAGGAUUGCUCAGUAGCUGACUAUCACAUCAGAUCAAGAAGAAGAACUAACGAAGAUGCCGUCAAGUCUUCAUGUUAUGGAGAACCCCAUUUAUCAUACAACAAAUUCAAAGAGGGGAGUCAAAAUUUAACCUCCUCUUACACAGAUCUAGAACAGGAGGACGAAAUCUCAAAGAACCACAAGCACAAUGCCACUAAUAACUACAUGACCAAAAGCAUGCUGUUCCUCAAUGAAGAAUGGCAGGACAAGUGGAUUUCCUUAAAGGAGUUACUUUCCCGUUGUGGACUCAAGCUGAUGGUGAAUGAGCUCUGGGCUCUUUGUUACAUAUGUCUGUCAUCGCUGCAGACCUACAAUGACUUUCCAGCUUAUUUAUCCCUGGACACGGUGCACAUCAGCUGUCAAGGAGAGCUGCUUUUCUUGAGACCUAAAAACUUUGGAUCUCUGGAUGAGUUCUAUCUGGCUCCUGAAUAUCAAGAACAUAGAAUCGUAACUGAGAAGGCUUGCGUUUAUGGAGUGGCUGCUAUCCUGUGGGCCACCGCAAAGUCCAAUUUAUCACCAAGUCAGAAGCUCGCAAUACCUCGGAAAUUGAAGAGACUUUUGCUUGAGAUGGCAAAGAGCACACCCAUCGAGAGACCUUCCAUCGCCAUGGCUAAAAGGAGCUGCUGCGACUACUUCACGUGUCAAGGCACAAAUGCAGAGGAUGUGUGGAAACGGCUCAUCAGCAGAGUUCACCCGCCACUUUCAAGAUACACUGAUGGAGAAGAUUUGGGUGCAGAUGAGACCAGACAAACGUUGCAUAAAGAGACUCCACAUGUCAGCGAUGGCACAGACCUCACCCCCAUCAUACUGACCAAUGAAGGGGAAAAGAGACGUAACAUUGGAGCUGCCAUUAACAAACUGUUUAUGGCCACCAAACCUGAGGAAAAUCAUCUCUCUCUGCUUGCUAGGCAUUUGAUAAAAGCACGCAAAUACUUGAUGGACCAUCCCUGUGUAUGCAGCCACAACUUCAACAACAAAGACCCAUCUCUCCACGCUCUUCUUCUGAGCACAGACAUGGACGGUUUGGACACGGGGAUCACAGAGGAAGAAGACCACUCAGCUGGGGCCGGCGAUGAAAGUCAGACUCAAGCCGAGUGUCAGUCCCAAGUAGACUGCUCAGAGAAGAUAGAGCAUGACGAUUCUCUCAUAUCAGAGCAACUUCUGUCAUCUGGACCCAGAGGAGAUGAACCAGACCUGGACUUCAGGCCGCCUUGGGCCUUGGCCUUCUUUGGAGAGGACUGUUUUAAACCGGAGGUAAUCCAAUACGCUAUGAGUCUUGGCCAGUACGCAGGAUCACCAUGUCUGGAUGUGAAAGCACAGGAGCUUCAACAGCAGCUGACGAUUGAAACAAGGACGCUUAAGAAAACACUACAUUUCUAUCAAAAACUAAUUCAGCAUGAAAGAAAAAAUAAAGGUUCGGAGAACAAAGUGAUGCUGUCCAAACUCAAGUCCCAGUUCGAGGAACUGAGAUCCAAAGUGAUCUUCUUGGAUUAUGUCAAAGAAUACCUAGAGACACAGAUUGUGGAUCAGUGGGGUUUAGACACGUCAUUACUGCCCUCUUUGGCUGCUUGUGAGCGGAAAACUUUGGCUCUCCACAGCUCUGAGGACGCUACCAUCUUGAGCUUUGCAACUUGCAAAGGAAAAAGAACUCUGCAAGCUGGAACGGCUCUCGGCCUCAUGGCAUACCUGUAUGCAAGAAAUGCUGCUUUGGAGGGGUACAUCCAACAGUUCCUGUAUACUUAUCGCUUUUUUUGCACUCCGGAGCAGUUAUUGCAGUUUGUUAUGGAGAAAUUCAUCAGUGCUGUGAGAGAAGGUCCAGACAGGUCGGAAAAUAGCACUAAGGUCUUUCAUCGCAGUUUGGAUCUGCUGCAUUUGUGGAUUAUGGACCGUAAGCUCAUCGACUUCACACCAAAGUCCAGCAUUGUGGAAGUUUUGGAAAAGUUCCUUCAUACUGAGGUAAUUCCUGUGGAUAGUCAAGGGGAGGUCCUUCUUGCUGCUCUCCACAGUCCUCCAAGUACUUUCUGGAGCACAAGGAGAGGGAGUCACUUUGGAUAUGAGGCAGAUAAUCAAUCUCUUUGUAUCCCGUCGUAUGCAGAGGAUCUUGAAAAAAAGUGGAGAAUCUCAGCAGCAUCCAUGCCAAAAGAGGCUUUCUCCGUAGCUGCAGCCCUGCCCGUGCCUUGCUACGGCUCCCUAGUGGAAGAUCCUUUCAGCGUUUGCUUGCACCACAGUGAGCAUCUCCCCUUCAGCCAGAAACAUUAUAUUGUACAGCAUGUAGCCCAGCAACUCGCCCUUCUGCAGCAGGAAGUUUUCCAGAGAUGUCAUCCAGUUCAUUUCCUGAAUUCAAGAAUAAAUGGAAUCAGGGACAAACCAUCAAUGCAGACCGACACCUCUGGUAAUGUGUCCCCGCAAGUUACAUCAGCCGAGAGCACACAUGAGGGCGUGGCGCCAGAGUCCCCUCUCCAGCAACUGCUCCUUUAUGCUGACAGAGUUACAAAGUGGAUUGCUGGUGAAAUAGUUAGCUGUGAAUCAGUCAAGACGCAAGCGGCCUUGCUGACAAAGUAUCUUUGGAUUGGGAAACAUUCUUACGAAUCCAGGAAUUUUGCCACAGCCAUGCAGGUCCUUGGAGGUCUGGAGAAUAUGAUUGUCAGUCAAUUACCAGCUUGGAAACAUCUAACAUCCAAGAUGUUUGAGAUCCUUGACGAACUGCGAGCCGUGCAGGUGUUUUUGAAGAGUGACGACUUGUGUCUGAUGGGGGCGGAACCCACGAGAAGACCCACCCUGCCAUCAGCGCGCAUCCUGGCCAUGCAUGUCCAACAACGAGAAAUCGGAGCCUUCACGUUCACCAAUGGAUCUUACAAGUGGGCCAAGCUUAGGAGAAUAGCGAAGGUGGUGAGUCAGAUCCACGCCUUCCAGGAAGUCCCAUUCACCUAUAGACCAGAUCAGGACCUGCAGGCCUACCUUCGCUGCCGCAUCACCCGGCUCGGCACCUCUGACCUACACCUUCUGGCCGCCACCAGUGAUGCAAACUUUGAACAGUCCACUGAGCGGCAAACUAGGAAGGUUCAAGACACCCUGAGGAGGGUUAAGGCCUCUCUCCAGUGAGUCCUACCUUGGUCGUGCCUCUCAGUCCCAUGGUUAUCAAACGUCUUUUCAGUUACAGUACUCGUGUGUGUCAUACAGUAUAGAAUUUGGAAACACCCCCUCUACAUGGUGGACAUGAUGCCUUAAAGGGUAACUUUUUUUUUUAAUUUGCCCGUCAUUCACAUUAUCAUUUGUUUCCCUUUUCCGUGCAUUAUAACAAGUCAAGUUAAUACGAGCUAGCUAAAAUGCAUGUCAUUGAGACGCAGCUACUUUGACGAUUAAGCACUAACUAAAAAUAACGGCAAAAGUGUUCCAUUUCCAUACCUGACCUGUAUAUUAACCGAGCUACAGCGAUAUCGUUAUUGUAGCAGCUAACGCGUAGUACUAUUUUUCGGGCGCAGUGACGUAUCAGCAUCACUCAAAAUGGCUGAAGCUACUCUCUAUUAACGCGACCUAAUGUUACUGGUACUGUGUUGUUAGUUUUGAAAAGUUAAUUUGUUUUCUAAAUUGUUUAUUAUAAUACUACAACUUUUUUGAAAUAGUUUAAGUCACUGCUAUUCAAUUUUAUAUUUUUGUUUUUCUCUUAGUCUUUUUUUAAGAAGAAUGCAACUUUUUGGCUCUUUUUCUUAUUCUUGGCUCUUAUUUUUGUAAGGUGACAGCUGUUCCUGAUGUUUUUUUUAUUAUUUUGCCAACUAUUUUUAACUUUCUUUUGUAAAUUUUCUUUAUUCCGUCAUAUUUUCAAUUUAUUCUCUUAACUUUUUCCCAUAACCUAAUUAUCCAUGAAUUACAUCUUUAUUUAUUGUUUUGUUAGUUUUUCAUGAUAUUACCACUUUAAAAACAGACAUGUAGCUUUUUUGCUAAUAAUAGUAUGACAUUAUUGUCAUGAAAUGACACCUUUUCUCAUUACAACUAUAUUUUGACUUUGUUAUUGUAAAGUUAUUGCUGAUUUUUAGCUGUUUCUUUUCUUUCUAAGUUUUCUUGUUAAAUGAUAUUUUUAGAAUGUACUGAGGGCCCAGCAAAAAACAGCCACGGUCAGCAAAUGUCCCCUGGGCCGCACCUUGGACACCUGCGGUAUAGACUGUGAUAUGCCAUCAAGCCUAAUAGAAGACAUUUUAGUAGUUUUCAAGCCACAGCCAAAAUAGCAAGGAUGGGGAUAAUGUUAGGUUAUUUCCAUUUAUAGCACAGGUGUCAAACUCGUGGCUUGGGGGCCCGAGGUGGCCCGCCACAUUUUAUGUGACCCCCCUAAAAAAUGGGAAUAAUGUGUCUAUAAUGCACUUCAGCUUUCCUUCUUUUGAUCUAAUGCAACAUCUGCUUUUAGGGCAGGGGUCCCCAAACUUUUUCCAG